AGCAACAGGUGAACGACGAGAAUGAGGGUGAAUCCUAGAAUGUUCCCGUGGAUGUGCUUCCUAUAUGUGCUGGUGUGGACUUUGGACGGAGCGGAGAGUCAGGGUUGCGGAGAAGGCAUCCCCAUCGAAGAUCUCGCAUUCCUCGCCGACACCGUCGUCUCCGCUCGAGUCCUCACUGUCUCCGACAGAAGGAUCACCAUCGAGGUGAUUCGAGCCAAGAAAGGGGUAUCUCGACGAGGAGAAUCCCUGGACGUGCGAGGCCUCGAGAACCCGACGUUGUGCGAAGAUCCGUCGGGGAUCUCUCCCGGAGGAUACCGAAUCUGGUUCUUGAAGGAAGAUGCCGAAGAUUCUCGUCGAUAUCUCCUUCUCGCCUCUCCCAUGAGGCUCACCUUGGACAACCUGGAUCGAGUGAAUGCUGCCAUAAGAGGUGAGUAG